AUGUCACAAGCAAGUUAUUCGUUAGCUCAUAGGCGUUAUGUUACUUCUUUAUACAAACGCUCUCUAAAACUUGCUUUAGAUUGGUAUGUUGAACGUAGGUUAUGGAGACCAGUAGCAUUGGAAAUUCGUGCAAAAUUUGAAGCAAAUAGAAAUGUUUCUAGUACAAAACAAUUAAAAGAAAUUUUUUUGGCAACUGAAGCUGAACUUCAAAAAUACUCUCAUCCUGAUCCUUACAAAGCUCCAACAUCACCUGAUGGCAGUAAAUGGGAAAGAAACAUACCACCACCAGUUUGGAAUGAUGAAAAAAUAGAAGGAGAGCAACACCAUUAA